AUGGAAGAGUCUCACCUCCAGAUUAUCAGAGCUCUCUCGGACAGCCAGAUCAAGUCCAAGCCGGCAUGGGCUGCGGACUCGAUACAAAACAAGGGUAAAGGUGUCAUCAUACUUCUUCAUGGACCUCCUGGCGUUGGAAAGACAUAUUCAGUUGAAUGUACUGCAGUAGCCACUGGCCGGCCACUCCUCGCCUUGACUAUCGCAGAUAUUGGCAUCCAAGAAGACAGCAUUGAAAGCGAACUUGCGUCCUGGUUCUAUCUUGCAGAACGAUGGAAGGCAGUCUUGCUGAUCGAUGAGGCUGAUAUCUUCCUUGAGAGACGCAAACAUACAGAUCUUGCCCGCAACGGCAUCGUGUCCGCAUUUCUUCGAAAGAUGGAAUACUUCAGUGGCCUCCUGUUCCUCACCACCAACCGCGUCGGUCACAUCGACGAGGCCUUCAUGUCUCGCGUACACGUCGUGAUCGGCUAUCCUCAACUUGACGACGAGAAACGCCGCAAGAUCUGGCAAGGCUUCUUGGACAAGAUGAGGAUCGACACCGGUGGCCAAAUCAGACUUAGCAACUCCGCAAAACAAUUCGUUCUUCAGGGCGAGGAGAGUCUGAAGAUCAAGCUCAAUGGACGAGAGAUCCGCAAUGCUCUUCAGACUGCGAUUGCGUUGGCUGAGUUUGAGGCGAAGGAUGAUCCGGAUUAUAAGGAAGGUGAGAUGAUCAAGGUGGAGAAGGAACAUUUCGAGAGGGUGCUUCAUUUGAGUCGUUCGUUCCGCGAUUAUCUCGACUCGAUUAGGAAAGACACGGCGGAGGCACGAGCUUCGAAUUAUUAUGGACGGAAUGAUUAUAAUGAUGGCGACGAAUAUGACCACCGCUUGGGUGGCAAGUGA